AAAUGGCUUCGACCAGGCUUCUAAAAAUUGCUCGUCAUGUCAAACCCAACGUAAGCCACCUAAUUUCAACGCGAAAUUUAAUUACAGGACCUAAGUGGUUUGAUCAGUGCAAGAAGAUAAAUGUGCUAGAUUCAUAUAUGAGCUACUAUGACUCAGAGGAUCACCAUUCUGAGAAUACUAUUGUGUUUCUACAUGGAAAUCCUACAUCUUCGUAUCUCUGGCGAAAUAUUAUUCCUCAUACAGUAGAUAUCGCACGCUGCUUGGCUCCAGAUCUCAUCGGAAUGGGACAGUCAGGGAAAUCUGGGAAUGGCUCUUACAGGUUUGUUGACCACUACAAAUAUUUGUCAGCUUGGUUUGGCCAGGUCAAUCUUCCAGACAAAGUAAUCAUUGUGUGUCAUGAUUGGGGCUCUGGUCUUGGUUUUCACUGGUGUCAAAGAAAUCCAACCAGGGUCAAAGCCAUAGUUCAUAUGGAGAGUUUGGUUGGUACCAUCAGGUCUUGGGACACUUGGCCAGAAAUUGCAAGAGACAUUUUUCAAGCAAUUCGCUCCGAUGCAGGUGAAGAAAUAAUCUUGAAGAAGAAUCUAUUCGUCGAGCGCCUCUUGCCAAAUAGUAUUAUGCGCGAUUUAACGCCAGAGGAAAUGGACGCAUACAAAAUGCCGUACAAAGAAGAAGGAGAGAGUCGACGACCAACGUUGACUUGGCCAAGAGAGAUUCCAGUUGAAGGUGAAGGUCCUGAAGAUUUGCUAAAGAUUGCUAGCGAAUACCAAGAAUUCAUGGCAACGUCAAAAAUGCCAAAAUUAUUCAUUGAAGCGGAACCUGGUUUUUUCAGCAAGGCAAUUAAGAAAAUAGCCCUGCAAUGGCCAAACACAACCGCCAUUAGGGCUAAGGGUUUGCAUUUUCUACAAGAAGACUCGCCUGAUAUUAUAGGUAGUGCAAUUCGCGAAUUUGUUGAGAAAUUGUAAAAAUUAUAUGAUUUAUAUC